AUGACACAAGAGAUGCUUAUCUUCAAGAGGUUCAAAAUCUGGCAAAGAAACAUGGGUGGUCCGAGUGCUGGACAUGACACCAAUUAUAUCUUGGUGGAAAUCCCAAACACAUGGAAUGGAUUCAUUCACCAGCGACUGAAUAACAUCAACAAAGAUAUUUUGAAAGGAGACCGCUGGAAGCUCACCGAGUUCAUUUCUGCUCACAAAGAAACACUUCAAUAUGACUACUCGAAGCUCACUGCCACUCAAAAGAAUAGUUAUGCGGUGAAGCUCAUCAAGAUGUGUGCUGAAAAGCAAUGUGUUGUCCACGACAUCAGGAAAAUGUGGUAA